UUGGAGUGUUUUGUGUGGGUGCGGUUAAUGCCGUCGUGUUAUUUACUUUCUUAUGAGCUGCCUAAACCUUGUUGUUGUACUACUGACGACAAAAAAAUCACUGGAUAAUGAUGUUUGGCAAUGCCUAAAAACAGACCUAGAGUAUGCUGUGAAAGUAUAAUAUAUAUUGUGAAUUAAAUGCAGGAUUCACAAGCAGAUGUUGCUAACGGCUGCAGAGUUGGGACAGAAUAAUACAUAAAAUAAAACAAAUGUUGCUAACGGCUGCAGAGUUGGGACAGAAGAAACAUUAAUUAAAUUUCAGCCUUCUCCUAAUUUCAAAAAUAUGAAAAAGUUCCUAAAGAACAAAUUUGAUUUUACAGAGAAUAGUAACCAGUCUCCUUUUCAUGGGACCGAACAUUCCCCAACAAAUACUUUUCCAGAACCAAUAACUACACUAGAGGAGCAGAGGGCUUUGCUGGAAAAGGCUUCUCAACCUCCCUUACCACUAGAACCUCCACCCACCACACCUAUUGAUUUUAGCCUGCAUCCUAAACAAGAAACUGAAGAUUACGAAUAUCAGGGCAGAUUAGGAUCACCCACUUUAAGUCUUCACAAGCCUAGCGAGGUCUCCUCAUUAUCGGCAACAAACCAUGAUCCCUCACAAGCAGAAGUUGGUGAAAAAAAAAUAUGCAGAGACUUCAUAAGGGGAACCUGCAGUAGAGGAGGCACAUGCAAAUAUGCUCAUAAAGUAGAUCUGUCCCAGCUACCUGGAAUAUACACUUUCUGUUAUAACUUUCAGAAUACAGUUUGUACAUACCCACAUUGCAAAUAUGUCCACGCCUCAAUAUUUGAAGAGCAGAAGUUUUAUAGGACAGGCAAACUACCACCUCAUGCCUUAGCCCACCACAAGAAGCCUCCACCGGUUGCCAUGCCUACAUUUCUGCCACCACUUCUGCUACCACCACCUCCGCCGCCACCUGAAGAACCAGCUCCUCCACCGGUCCCUGUAGAAGUUUCAAUGUUUGCAGCUCCCCAACCUGUAUUGGUUCCCAGUGUCGAGAAACCUCUUAUUUCCUGCGUGCCGACGGCAAACUUGGAGGCAAGGCCUAUGGACGAUUUCAUACCCACUGCAGCGCCGCGCGACAUCGAGCACAAGACAAAAAAAUGCAAAAAUUGCGACACAAUGGAAUUCAGAUUGCAAUUUAAUAAGGAUAAGGCUGAAAACAUGAGACAGUCUACGGUAGAGCUAAAGAAUAAAGUGGCGCGUUUGUCGAAGAAGUCGCAGACCUUGUAUACUGUGCUGUUGUCGCUUAUGAAGCCGCAAGUCAGUAAAAGACCAGAAGGGCUCAACGGAUUGUCUAUGUCUUCACUUCUCAGCAUCGUUGGAGACUCAGAGAAGAACGUUCUUUCUAAUCUGCUGCUGAAGGACGCCUCGGACCAGAGCUUGGUCUCCGAGACUCGGGACCCGUGCUCAUGACUUACACGAGAGACCUGACUCAUGAUACGCCGUGAGACUUUAUACAAACUCAGUGCUGUGCCAUUGUACCAUCUUGGAAAAAAAUAAACCCAUGUUCAAAGCGAAACCUAGGGUAAACUAUACGAGGCACUCACACCUCACGCACUGCACAACUCGUAGUAGGGCAGCUUAGUAAAGUUUACCGUAUUAGGUAUAUGUUGUACCAAGUGCGAUGCAAGUACCAGCCUAUGUUUAGUUUAAGUAGUUUAUGAACCUAUGUGAAUAUACAUUAUGAUCGUCAAUAAAAAUAAUUUGCCAUGCAAAACAUAAAAUCAUAUAAUGUCAAUGAUUAAACUAUAGUUAUUUGUUAUACAAGGGGCAAAGUUGUAUUUUAACACACGAGAAGUAAAAUACAUUUGCACCCGAGUGUAAUGGCCCCUGUACACACAUGGCCAACGGUUCCACCAGCCCCCUUG